GGCGCGCGGACGCUAAGGCGGGAAGCUCGAGCGGCGCCAUGGCCCGAGGUAGCGCGCGGCGGGCGCGGGUCCCGGGUUCCGGGGUUCCGGGGUCCAGGGUCGGCGGCCGGGGCGCUCAGGGCCCCCGCCUAGGCCCCGAGGCCAGAGUCCCCGCUCGGGCAGAGUACCGCCUGCCGGGCGCCCACCCUCGGGCUCCCGGAGCUUGGCUUCCCUCGGGCGCCCGGACUCGUCCCGCCCGCCUCGCUGGCGUUGGCGUCGCCGGGGAAGGCGCGGAGAGCCCUGGCCCCACCGGCUCCUGCCUGGUCCCCGAGGCCCGGCCCAGCCCCGCAGUGGCUCCGGCUCGCGGGGCCGGGCCCCCUGACGCCCGCCGCCCGCUCCCCGCAGCGUGGCAGCACCCGUUCCUCAACGUCUUCAGACACUUCCGGGUGGACGAGUGGAAGCGCUCCGCCAAGCAGGGGGACGUGGCCGUGGUGACGGACAAGACCCUGAAGGGCGCCGUGUAUCGCAUUCGGGGCUCAGUCUCUGCCGCCAACUACAUCCAGCUGCCUAAGAACAGCACCCAGUCCCUGGGGCUGACCGGGCGGUACCUGUAUGUGCUCUUUCGGCCCCUGCCCAACAAGCACUUCGUCAUCCACCUGGAUGUGUCCACCGAGGACAACCAGGUCAUCCGUGUGUCUUUCUCCAACCUCUUCAAGGAGUUUAAAUCUACAGCCACGCGGCUCCAGUUUCCCUUCGUCCUGGAGGCCAGGACACCCCAGAGAGAUCUGGUGGGUUUGGUCCCCCAUGGAGCCCGCUGGACCUUCCUGCAGCUCGACCUGCAGGACAUUCUCCUGGUUUACCUGAACCGUCGCUACGGCCAUCUCAAGAGCGUCAGGCUGUGCGCCAGCCUGCUGGUCAGGAACCUUUACACCAGCGACCUGUGCUUUGAGCCUGCCAUCUCUGGGGCCCCGUGGGCAAAGCUGCCCAUCACUCCUAUGCCUCGGGAAAUGGCUUUCCCUGUGCCCAAGGGCGAGAGCUGGCAUGACCGCUACGUCCAUGUCCGGUUUCCAGGCGACAGCUUGAAAGUGCCUUCCAAGCUGAUUGAGAAGAGCGGUUCACCUCCUGAGGCAGUCCUCCUGGGGCCGGGGCCACACCCUCUCCCUUGCCCAGUGGCCUCCAGCAAACCUGUGCAAUUCAGUGUGUCUCCAGUGGUCCAGACACCCAGCCCCACAGCCUCCAGCCAGGCCCCCUUGGCACCCAGGCCCUUCCCAGAGGUCAGCCUGUCCCAAGAGCGCUCAGAGGCCUCCAACGCGGAUGGCCCCGGUUUCCAUAGCCUUGAGCCCUGGGCCCGGGUGAAGGCCUCUGACGUCCACACGGCUGCUGCCGGCACCCACGUGUUGACUCACGAGUCGACUGAGGUGCCUGUGGCCCUGGAGGACGCCGGCUCCUGCAAGCGCUUCCUCCCGGACCCUAUCCUGAGGCUCAAGGGCGUCAUCGGCUUCGGGGGCCACAGCACCAGACAGGCCCUGUGGACCCCAGACGGGACGGCUGUUGUAUACCCCUGCCAUGCGGUCAUCGUCGUCCUGCUCGUGGACACGGGGGAGCAGCGCUUCUUCCUCGGCCACACAGACAAGGUGUCCGCCCUGGCGCUGGAUGGCAGCGGCUCACUUUUGGCCUCGGCCCAGGCAAGGACCCCCAGUGUGAUACGGCUCUGGGACUUCCAGACCGGGCGGUGCCUGUGCGUGUUCCAGAGCCCAGUGCAUGUUGUCUGCUCUCUCAGCUUCUCUGACAGCGGAUCCCUUCUCUGCGGGGUUGGCAAGGACCGCCACGGGAGGACGAUGGUGGUGGCCUGGGGCACCGGCCAGGUGGGCCUCCGUGGUGAGGUGGUCGUUCUGGCGAAGGCGCACACUGACUUUGACGUCCAGGCCUUCCGGGUCACCUUUUUUGAUGAAACCAGGAUGGCGUCGUGUGGGCAGGGCAGCGUGCGGCUCUGGCGGCUGCGUGGCGGGGCACUGCGUUCCUGCCCCGUGGACCUGGGGGAGCACCACGUGCUGCAGUUCACCGACCUCGCCUUCAAGCAGGCCCAGGACGGCUGCCCGAAGCCCUCGGCUGCCAUGCUCUUCGUGUGCAGCCGCAGCGGCCACAUCUUGGAGAUCGACUGUCACUGCAUGGUCGUGCGGCAUGCCCGCCGCCUGCUCCCCACACAGACUCUGGGCGGCCUCCACCCGCAGAAGCAGACCUUCAGCACAGGGCCCGGCAUUGCCAUCAGCAGCCUCAGCCUCUCCCCGGCCGUGUGUGCUGUGGGUUCUGCGGACGGCUACUUGCGGCUCUGGCCCCUGGACUUUUCCUCGGUGCUCCUGGAGGCAGAGCACGAGGGCCCCGUCAGCUCAGUCUGUGUCAGCCCCGACGGCCUCCGUGUGCUGUCUGCCACCUCCUCGGGCCACCUGGGCUUCCUGGACACGCCGUCCCGGGUAUACCACAUGCUGGCUCGCUCCCACACCGCCCCAGUGCUGGCCCUCGCCACGGAGCAGAGGCGGGGACAGCUGGCCACCGUGUCCCAGGACCGCACUGUCCGCAUCUGGGACCUGGCCACCCUGCAGCAGCUGUACGACUUCACAUCAUUAGAGGAGGCCCCGUGCACCGUCACCUUCCACCCCACAAGGCCAAUCUUUUUCUGCGGCUUUAGCAGUGGGGCUGUGCGCUCCUUCAGCCUGGAGGCCGCUGAGGUCCUGGUGGAACACACGUGCCACCAAGGAGCCAUCACCGGCCUGACCGCCACCCCUGACGGCCGCCUGCUCUUCAGCUCCUGCUCCCGGGGCUCCCUGGCCCAGUACAACUGUGCAGACCCCCAGUGGCAUGUCCUCCGAGUGGCAGAGAACAUGGUAUGGCCGGAUGCCCCUGCAAGCCCCAGCACUCUGGCAGUCAGCAGGGAUGGCCGCCUGCUGGCCUUCGUGGGACCCUCCAGGCACACAGUGACAGUCAUGGGCUCGGCCUCCCUGGACGAGCUGCUGCGAGUCGACGUCGGCACUCUGGACCUGGCCAGCGGCCGCCUGGACUCAGCCAUGGCUGUGUGCUUUGGCCCUGCAGCCCUGGGCCACCUGCUGGUGUCCACCUCGUCCAACAGAGUCGUGGUGCUGGAUGCUGCGUCAGGCCGCAUCAUCCGGGAGCUGCCCGGUGUCCACCCUGAGCCCUGCUCCUCCUUGAUGCUCAGUGAGGAUACGCGCUUCCUGCUGAUGGCCGCUGGCCGGGCGGUCAAGGUGUGGGACUACACGACACAGGCCAGCCCAGGCCCCCAGGUGUACAUCGGCCACUCGGAGCCUGUGCAGGCUGUGACCUUCUCUCCUGACCAGCAGCAGGUCCUCAGCGCAGGGGAUGCCGUCUUCCUCUGGGAUAUCCUGGCCACUACUGAGAGCAACCAAAGCUUCCCUGGACCCUCCCCAGCCUGCGAGGCAGGCCUGGGCACAGGACAGCUAGAGGAUGCUGCGUCCAGGGCCAGCGAGCUCCCCCGGCAGCAGGUCCCCAAGCCAUCUCAGGCACCUCCACCACGGCAAGGCAUUUGUGCCAGGCCUCCCGAAGGUGGCGAUGGCACCAGCGACACCAAGAGUUCGGGGGCCCCACGCACCACCUGCCCAGCUUCCCACAAGGCCUUCACACCUGCCAGGGCCAGCCGCGGCCCCCACUCUGCCAAGGGCACUUCCCUGCCUCCCGCCAGCAGUGAGUGGCUGCGUCUGAAGGCUGUCGUUGGCUACAGUGGGAAUGGGCGGGCCAACAUGGUCUGGAGGCCGGACACAGGCUUCUUUGCCUACACUUGCGGCCGCCUGGUGGUGGUGGAAGACCUGCACUCCGGCGCCCAGCAGCACUGGCCCGGCCACCCUGCGGAGAUCUCCACGCUGGCCCUCAGCCACAGUGCCCAGGUCUUGGCCUCUGCCUCAGGCCACAGCAGCACGACUGACCAUUGUCAGAUCCGCGUCUGGGAUGUGUCUGGUGGCCUCUGCCAGCAUCUCAUUUCCCACCAUAGCACCACUGUGCUGGCCCUGGCCUUCUCACCAGAUGACAGGCUUCUCGUCACAUUGGGGGACCACGACGGCCGCACCCUCGCCCUGUGGGGCACGGCCACCUAUGACCUUGUGUCCUCCACCCGCCUCCCGGAGCCGGUGCAUGGCGUGGCCUUCAACCCCUGGGACGCCGGCGAGCUCACCUGUGUGGGCCAGGGCACUGUCACCUUCUGGCUCCUGCAGCAAUGCGGGGCAGACAUCAGCCUUCAGGUGCAUCGAGAGCAGGUCCCAGAGACAGUGGGGGCUGGAGAGCUGACCUCACUGUGCUACGGGGCACCCCCCCUGCUUUACUGUGGCACCAGCUCCGGCCAGGUCUGUGUCUGGGACACGCGUGCUGGCCGCUGCUUCCUGUCCUGGGAGGCAGACGAUGGUGGCAUUGGGCUGUUGCUGUGUUCGAGCUCUCGAUUGGUCAGCGGUAGCAGCACAGGGCGGCUUCGCCUGUGGGCCGUGGGGCCUGUGUCGGAGCUGAGGUGCAAGGGCUCGGGUGCCAGUUCUGUGUUCAUGGAACGAGAGCUGGUGCUGGACGGGGCUGUGGUGAGCGCCAGCUUCGAUGACAGCGUGGACAUGGGCGUCGUGGGCACCAGAGCGGGCACGCUCUGGUUCAUCAGCUGGGCCGAGGGCACUAGCACACGUCUCAUCAGUGGCCACAGGAGCAAGGUGAACGAGGUGGUCUUCGGCCCCGGGGAGUCCCACUGUGCCACGUGCGGUGAGGACGGGAGUGUGCGGGUGUGGGCCUUGGCCAGCAUGGAGCUUGUGAUCCAGUUCCAGGUGCUGAACCAGAGCUGCCUCUGCCUCGCAUGGAGCCCCCGGUGCUGUGGCCGCCCUGAGCAGCAGCGGCUAGCGGCAGGCUAUGGCGACGGCUCCCUGCGCAUCUUCAGCGUCUCCCGCACGGCCAUGGAGCUCAAGAUGCGUCCCCACCCGGUGGCGCUGACCACUGUCACCUUCUCCACCGAUGGUCAGACUGUCCUCUCUGGAGACAAGGAUGGGCUCGUGGCUGUGAGCCACUCCCGCACGGGGACGACCUUCCGUGUGCUGAGUGACCACCAGGGCGCCCCGAUCUCUACCAUCUGUGUCACACGCAAAGAGUGUGAAGACUUAGGGGUGGAGGGCACAGACCUAUGGCUGGCUGCCAGUGGGGACCAGCGGGUCAGCGUCUGGGCCUCCGACUGGCUGCAGAACCGCUGUGAGCUCGUGGACUGGUUGAGUUUCCCAAUGCCUGCCACCACGGAGACUCAGGGCCACCUGCCGCCCUCCCUCGCUGCCUUCUGCCCCUGGGAUGGGGCGCUGCUGAUGUAUGUGGGCCCUGGCGUUGACAAGGAGGUGAUCAUCUACGACCUCUCCCAGAAGCAGGUGGUGGAGAAGAUACCACUGCCCUUUUUUGCCAUGUCCCUGAGCCUGUCCCCGGAGACCCGCCUCCUGGCUCUUGGCUUUGCUGAGUGCAUGCUGAGGCUGGUAGACUGUGCCACGGGGACUGCGCAGGACUUUGCUGGCCACAACAAUGCAGUGCACCUGUGCAGGUUUACACCGUCUGCCAGGCUGCUCUUCACGGCCGCCUGCAACGAGAUCCUGGUGUGGGAGGUCUCCGGCCGCUGAGAUGCAGCAGGGACUAUGGUGCUGCGUGUCACGGCUGGUACCUGGACACACGCUUGGCAGAGAAGCCAGGUGGUCAGUGGCCUCAUGCUGGGACAGGCCAGGAUUCAUGUAAAUCGUCUGGACAAAGCUGUCGUGAAUUUGGCCAUCUGAAAAUACUUUAAUCUGUUGCCCUUUUGCCUAAGCAAUUUUUAAUAUUUCUACCUUGUAAUAAACAUGGGCAUUUAUUGCAUUA